AUGGCACCCCGCGGUCGUGGAGGAAAGUUCUCCAAGCCUACACGAGGAGGAGGCAAAAAGUUCAGCCGUGAUCUCCAGCCCACCGACAAGGACGGGAACCCAGUCGGGCUCUGGCGCGAACAAGACGAUGAAAUCCCCACCUCCAGCGAAGAAGAAUCCUCCUCCGAGGAAAGCUCAGCAGAAGAAUCCUCCUCCGAAGCCCCCACCGCCGGACCCAGCAACUCCGCCUCCUCGGGCUCCGAAGCCGAAGCCGAAACCGACCUCCCCGCGAACCCAAACCACAGCGCCAAAUCACGCUCCCAACUAGCCAAACCCAGCGAAGUCGACAGCCAGCCCCGCAAAAAGCCCGUGAAGGAUAUCUCGCAGCUCUCGCGGCGCGAGCGCGAAGCCAUCGAGGCGCAGCAGGCGCGGGAGCGGUAUCUGAAGCUUCACGCGGAGGGGAAGACGGACGAGGCGCGGGCUGAUUUGGCGCGGUUGGCGAUUAUUCGGGAGCAGAGGGAGACGGAGCGGUUGAGGAAGUUGGCGGAGAAGGAGGAGAAGGAGGAGCUUGCGAGGGAGAAGGCGGCGGGUGUGAAGGAGCGGGAGGAGAAGUUGAGGCUUGCGGCUUUGGGGAAGGCGAAGAAGGGGGGGGAAGAAGUGAAGUGGAGUGAUUUAAGUGGAGGAUGGGUUGAGGGGAAGGAAGCUGGAGGAGGA